UACGUCAUGGAGAGCCCGCCCCCUUACGUCGCGCACUGGAGAGGCUAGGUUUCUGGGUGCGCGGGCGCCAUUUUGCCGGAGCCUGCGACCGAGUAGGAGCGGAGUGGAGCGGCGGUUGUUGCCGACUCUUUCCUCCUCCCUACGGUCCAGUCAGCGGGUUGAUCAGGCCAUUGGCCCUCAAGCCGAGACUUGUCUCUUAUUUAGUUCUGGGGAGCGUUUGGCCGACAUGAGUGAUGUAGAGGAGAACAACUUCGAGGGCAGAUGAGCGGCCGCGUCUCUGUUGGAACCGGCGGCGUUGCGUCUAUAAAGGCGAAAGCCUUGAGGUUGAAGGUGGGACGAGCCUAAUGAAGUGGUUAAUGUUCGUGAAGAAAUUGAAGAGUUUUUUCCAAGAAUGUGGAAGAUAAAUCAAGAUAAAAGAAGGCUAAUGAAAAGUAUUAAAGAUCAGAAAAUUAAAAUUGAAUGGGGGAAAAAAUUGAACAGAAGAUUGGUCAGAUAGAAGCACUUGAAUAUUUUUUUAAGGCUAUUUUGAAUUGUUUGAAUUGGGGAAGAAUACACGAAGUAUGAAAAAUGAAAAACUCAAUGAAGAAUGAAGAGAAGUAGAAAGCAAGAGUGAAGUAGAAUUAAAAGAAUCUGGAAGAAUGAAUGGGUCCUAGGAGUCUCGCUCUCAGUCAAAAUCUCCAACGGGAACUCCUGCUCGUGUAAAAUCGGAGAGCAGGUCAGGAUCUCGUAGUCCAUCAAGGGUUUCCAAACACUCUGAAUCCCAUUCUCGGUCAAGAUCAAAAUCCAGGUCAAGGUCAAGAAGGCAUUCUCAUAGACGUUAUACUCGAUCCAGAUCCCACUCUCACUCUCAUAGGAGAAGAUCUCGAAGUAGAUCGUAUACACCAGAAUACCGACGGCGAAGGAGCCGAAGUCACUCUCCAAUGUCUAACCGGAGAAGACAUACAGGCAGCAGGGCGAAUCCAGAUCCCAACACUUGUCUUGGAGUUUUUGGCCUCAGUUUAUACACAACAGAGCGAGAUCUUCGUGAAGUAUUUUCUAGAUAUGGACCAUUGAGUGGUGUCAAUGUGGUUUACGACCAACGGACUGGACGAUCACGGGGAUUUGCUUUUGUGUAUUUUGAGAGAAUAGAUGACUCAAAGGAGGCUAUGGAAAGGGCAAAUGGAAUGGAGUUGGAUGGUAGAAGAAUUCGUGUGGAUUAUUCUAUCACUAAGAGAGCGCACACACCUACACCUGGCAUCUACAUGGGCAGACCAACUCAUAGUGGUGGUGGUGGUGGCGGCGGAGGUGGAGGUGGAGGUGGAGGUGGUGGCAGGCGUCGAGAUUCUUACUAUGAUAGAGGAUAUGAUCGUGGAUAUGACAGAUAUGAAGACUAUGAUUACCGGUACAGAAGGUCGCCUUCUCCUUAUUAUAGUCGAUACAGAUCACGAUCAAGAUCUCGCUCCUACAGCCCAAGACGCUAUUGAUAAUGGAAUGGUUGCAGUUGAGGACUUUUUUUCCCCCCUUUCUCCUUCCCCUCUCUCUUUUUUAUUCUGGAGUUUCCCAAGCUUCUGAUUUUUCCUACUCCUUAAAAAAAAAAGAAAAGAAAAGAAAAUCCUUGAUUUAUUUAGCUUCUACACUUUUUCAGUUGCAUUGCUGUUUUCCACCCCUUUUAAUAUACUCUUAAAGGAUGUAAUUGUUGUCAUUUUGAGUAGUUAAACACCUUGAGUUAAAAAAAAGGAGAACCCAGUGUUAAGUUUUUGUAUCAUUUUUCUUUGCCUUUACAGAGGAUUAACUCCUAGCUAAUUAUAUGAGGAAAGAAAUGAU